GGGCAGGCGGACGAGGUGGCACGGAGGCUGAUCUGGGAGAAGAACCUCAAGUACAUCAACAGCCACAACCUGGAGCACGCACUGGGCGUCCACACCUUCGAGCUGGCCAUGAACCACCUGGGUGACAUGACCAGCGAGGAGGUGGCAAGGCCCAUGCCGGGCUUACGCCGCCCACGUCACAACGAGACGCUCUACGUCCCCGACUGGACUGAGAGAGUCCCGGCUGCCGUGGACUGGAGGAAGAAAGGCUACGUGACGCCCGUUAAGAACCAGGGCCAGUGUGGCUCGUGCUGGGCUUUCAGCUCGGUGGGUGCGCUGGAGGGGCAGCUGAAGCGGAAGACGGGGAAGCUGCUGUCCCUCAGCCCCCAAAACCUGGUGGACUGUGUGACCAACAACGACGGCUGCGGUGGCGGCUACAUGACCAACGCCUUCGAGUACGUCCGGCAGAACCGCGGCAUCGACUCGGAGGACGCCUACCCCUACGUCGGCCAGGACGAGAGCUGCAUGUACAACCCCAGAGGGAAGGCGGCCAAGUGCCGCGGCUACCGGGAAAUCCCUGAAGGCAACGAGAAGGCUUUGAAGAGGGCCGUGGCCAGGAUCGGACCCGUCUCCGUGGGCAUCGACGCCAGCCUGCCCUCCUUCCAGUUCUACAGCCGCGGCGUGUACUACGAUGAGAGCUGCAAUGCUGAAAACAUCAACCACGCAAUGCUGGCGGUGGGCUACGGCACGCAGAAGGGCACCAAGUACUGGAUCAUCAAGAACAGCUGGGGCGAGGAGUGGGGCAACAAGGGCUACGUCCUCCUGGCGCGCAACAUGAACAACGCCUGCGGCAUCGCCAACCUCGCCAGCUUCCCCAAGAUGUGA